ACAUUUAACGCAAAGGCAAAAACGUAAUUAUCUAAAAGUCCUCUUCUUCCCCAGUUUUCCUAAUUUGGUAACCCUUGUUGCAGGCGGCUGUUGCUGAUCGGGUCUCUCUUCUCCAUUUUCCGAUUAGAUUAACUAGGAAGUCAUGUGGUUCAGAAUAGGCAAUUCACGUGCAAUGACAGAGAUAAAGUAAAAAAAGAAAAGUAUAGAGGUACCCGUGACCUCUUUCUUACACGAACGUGACACGUGAGCAUGAUUGUACAUUAGAGACGAAGCUGCCCUCUUUCCUCCUUCCAUUACAGUGUUCUUAAGGUACAACUAUGUUUCUUUACUUUCUCUUCAGGGCAUUGCUACUUCUUAAAGUUCUUCUUCCCAUUGACAAACAAAGGGAUCAGUGUUUUUAUUUCGUCCCUUCCUUUGUCUGUAUUCUUAAGAGACAACCAAAUCUUUUUUGUUUAGUAAAGUUUACGAGUGAAUGGCUACUUUUCAUACCGUUAGAGAUGCGGUGAAGCUCUUUGACGCUGGUAUUUCUGGAGGAAAACAUCUCAACAAAGGACAAGAAGAGGGAGUGUUGGUGGAGGAGACAAAUCUCUGUCUCUGGAAUAAAGAGGUUAACAAGUUGAAAGAAAAGAUAAAGAAUGCUGUGAAGACCAAGAUUGAGGCUUUGUUAGAACUGGAGGAAGCUAAGAAAACGGUUGAGCAACUCAGUCAGGAGUUGGGAAUUAAGCGGAACAUGAUUAAUGAUGAGAAAGAUUUAGAUUUGAGUAGUAGUGUAAGAGUUGUGACUUCAGAGCUAGGUGUUGCUAAGGAAUCGAUUCAUAGAGUAGCUGAAGAGGAGAGUGAGCUGUGUAUGUUAAUGGAGUCUCUUAAGCUCGAGCUUCAAAACGUGGAGAAAGCACAUUCAGAGCUUAAAGAGAUUGAGCAAAGAGAGAGGGAUCAUCAAGCCAUUGAAGAUCUGAAGAAGGAAACAAAAGAUGCAAAAACCCAACUCUCGUUGUUAGAAGAAGAGCUCAAGAUUGCUGUUUUUGAAGCUCAAGAAGCAAAAGAUGCAGAGGAACACGCCAGGGAACGGCUAAAUGUUGCAGUUUUAGAAUCUGAUUUCAGAUCAUUAGCUGUGGUGAAAGAAAGUGCUGCUGAAGAAUUAACUGAGACAGAAGCUUUAAGAGCUUGCAGAGAUGAAACACUCAAGACAUUAGAGAUGAGUGAGAGAGAAAUUGAAGAUAUAAAAGCUGCAACACAAGAUGCUUUGAAGAAAGCUGAGAUGGCUCAAGAAGCUACAAUUGUGGUGGAUGUUGAGCUGAAACGACGGCGUAAAGCAGCGAGUAGGAUCUUGGCAGAAUCCAAAAUGUGUGCCAAAUCUACCAAGGAAGUGCUCAAGUCAAAACCAAGAUCAUCGUCAAAAGAAGGUUGCCUGGUCAAGUGUUAGAAGAAUCUUGGUCAGAGUUGUAAUUGUGAAAAUCUGUAGAACUUCAAUAACUAGAAGAAGUGUCACUUUGUUGGUUGUGUUCAAAGUUGGAAGAUUUAAUAAGAUUGUAGUGCGACCAUUUGUGGUUUUGAAUGUAUAUGUAAACACAUUCACUAUCAGCAUUCAGCAAUCGGAUAACUAAACAAAAACAAUUUGAUGAUUUGG